AGCGGCGAUUUCGUAAACUUCUAUCGACUACGAUUGCUGAUUUGACUUGCGCGAGCGAGAGGAGCCGAUUUCCGGUCUCCCCCCAUCUUCGUCCUUCGCACGCGCAUUGAUGUAUUUGUACCGUUCCAUGGUUAGUUUGGUGUCCGUUCGUUUGCGAAUUCUUUUGCUUGGUUAAGGUUUUCACACGGGUUAAGGAUUUUCGGAGUUCACAGGAUAAAUCAGGCGAAAUGAAAAUGGAGUGGGCGCCGCAACAGGAAGAUCUUCGCGAGAUAUUGACUCUAUUAAAGGAAUCACAAUCACCGGUCACGGAGACGCAAAGAGUAGUCCAGCAAAAAUUAGAACAGCUGAAUAAGUAUCCUGAUUUUAACAACUACCUGAUGUUUGUUCUUACAAAAAUGAUACAAGAAGAUGAGCCAACUCGAUCUCUCAGUGGUUUAAUAUUGAAAAACAAUGUUAAAACACAUUACAGCAAUUUGGUGCCCAAUGUUAUACACUUUAUUAAACAAGAAUGUCUGCAAGCUGUAGGAGACCCAUCACCGCUAAUCAGAGCCACUGUUGGGAUACUUAUAACUACAAUAGCAAGCAAAGGGGAAUUGGUCACAUGGCCUGAGUUACUGCCAGCACUGUGCAACAUGCUGGAUUCACAGGACUAUAAUGUGUGUGAAGGAGCCUUUGGUGCCUUGCAGAAGAUUUGUGAAGAUUCAGCAGAGACCCUUGAUGCAGAUGUGAACAGCAGACCACUUAAUAUAUUGAUUCCCAAGUUUCUACACUUUUUUAGUCAUUCUAGUUCUAAAAUUCGAUCUUAUGCAAUUGGUUGUGUAAAUCAGUUCAUUAUUCAAAGGUCUCAGGCACUUAUGAUUCAUAUUGAUUCAUUUCUAACUAAUCUAUUCCUCGUUGCCACUGAUGAUGAUCCUGAAGUGAGGAAAAAUGUUUGUCGUGCACUUGUUAUGCUUCUAGAAGUUAGAAUGGACAGAUUAGUUCCUAAUAUGAGUGAAAUAAUUGAAUACAUGCUCUUGAGGACACAAGAUCAUGAUGAUGGUGUAGCAUUGGAAGCAUGCGAGUUCUGGCUUUCUCUAGCAGAACAACCAAUAUGUAGAGAUGUACUUCAUGGCCAUUUAAACAGACUAGUGCCAAUACUUGUGAAAGGAAUGAAAUAUUCAGAAAUAGAUAUAAUAUUACUUAAGGGUGACGUAGAAGAGGACGAGAGUGUUCCUGACAAAGAAGAAGAUAUAAGGCCAAGAUUCCAUAAAUCAAAGACACACACGAUAAAAGCAACGAAUUGUAAUAGCGGAACGGAAAAUGGCAUGGACCAAAGUGAGGAGGAGGAUGACGAAUUCUUUGAUGGGGAUGAUGAGGGAUCAUUGUCGGAUUGGAAUUUGCGGAAAUGCAGUGCGGCUGCUUUAGAUGUACUGGCAAAUGUAUUUAAGGAAGAUCUAUUACCGAUCUUGAUUCCCAUUCUGAAAGAAACCCUAUUUCAUUCGGAAUGGGACAUCAAGGAGUCUGGUAUCCUUGCGUUAGGUGCGAUUGCGGAGGGAUGCAUGAGCGGAAUGUUGAAUCAUCUGCCGGAGUUGAUACCAUACUUGAUAAACAGUUUAAACGAUAGAAAAGCACUUGUUAGGGCAAUAACAUGCUGGACCUUAUCAAGAUAUUCUCAUUGGGUUGUCACACAACCGCACGAUUCUUAUUUGAAACCUUUAAUGACUGAACUUCUGAAAAGAAUUUUGGAUAGUAAUAAGAGAGUACAAGAAGCAGCAUGCUCCGCAUUUGCUACGUUAGAGGAGGAAGCCUGUACUGAGUUAGUACCAUAUUUAGGAUUUAUAUUGGAAACCUUAGUCUUCGCUUUCACUAAGUAUCAACACAAAAAUCUGCUUAUUUUGUACGAUGCUAUUGGAACAUUAGCUGACUCCGUAGGACAUCAUCUAAAUAAACCAGAUUUUAUAAACUUAUUGAUGCCGCCGUUGAUACAUAAGUGGAACAUCUUGAAAGACGAAGACAAAGAUCUAUUUCCUCUACUCGAGUGCUUGUCUAGUGUAGCCACCGCCUUACAGUCAGGUUUCUUACCAUAUUGCGAACCAGUCUACAGAAGAUGCGUGUCGUUAGUACAACAAACUCUGUACCAACAUAUGGCAAAUCAGCAAAAUCCAGAUUCCUUUGACGCUCCGGACAAAGACUUUAUGAUUGUGGCGUUAGAUUUAUUGUCUGGUUUAGCCGAGGGUCUAAAUGGACACAUUGAGAAAUUAGUUGUUAAUAGCAAUAUUAUGGAGUUGCUGCACCAUUGUAUGCAAGACCCCAUGGCUGAAGUUAGGCAAUCAUCAUUCGCUCUAUUGGGCGAUUUAACCAAAGCUUGUUUCCAGCACGUUAAACCUUGCAUAUCAGAUUUUCUGCCAAUUUUAGGUCAGAACCUUAAUCCAGAAUACAUUUCUGUCUGCAAUAACGCUACGUGGGCUAUUGGUGAAAUUAGUAUCAAAUUAGGUGCAGAGACGAGGCCAUAUAUACAAUUAGUUUUAGGACAGCUUAUCGAUAUUAUCAAUAGACAAAACACACCAAAAACACUAUUGGAAAAUACGGCCAUAACAAUCGGUCGCCUUGGUUUUGUCUGCCCACAUGAUGUCGCGCCUGUGUUACAUCAGUUUGUCCGCCAGUGGUGCACGUCGUUGAGGAACAUUCGGGACAAUGAAGAGAAAGAUAGUGCUUUUCGGGGGAUGUGUCAGAUGAUCACCGUAAAUCCAGGCGGUGUUGUGCCAGAUUUUAUUUUCUUCUGCGAUGCCGUCGCAUCCUGGAUUACACCAAAAGACGACCUCAAAGAUGUUUUUAUCAAGAUAUUGCACGGAUUCAAGUCUCAAGUAGGCGAAGAUAAUUGGAAGCGAUUCAGUGACCAAUUUCCUCCACAAUUAAGUGAAAGGUUGUCCUCACUGUACGGACUUUGAAUCUUGAAAAAGGAUUUAGGGGAAUUGUAACACGUAAUAUUCCAGGGUGGGAAAUCUAGAGUGGCUCUAAUCAUAUGAUUUCAUUAUAUUUCAAUACCAUCAUGUAAUGUGAGUUUAAGGGUGGGUAAAAACAAACUAAACAAAAAAAAGCAAACAUACAUUUUUAUACGUACAGACCUAUACUCUUAAAACAGCAAAUGUACAUCAAAUUUUUUUUUUUCGACAAGUGCGGGGCUGACUAUUUGAUUACAAGGGUACAAUUAUUAAAGUAGGGGGAAAACAUUUGACAACAAAAAAAAUAAAUAAAGAAGACUGAGUAUAGGUUAA